CUGUUUUCCAUUUCUCCUUCGAUCUGGACACCUCAUAGAUCCUCACUAUUCUCCCUCCUAACAAUAUCCCUCCUCUCAAUUCAUGUUCAUGCGCUUGCUCUGCUACCCCUAACCCUGCAUGCAAUUUACCCUCCAUCAGAUCAUGCUUGACCAUGGUGUCUACCACCACUAAUUCCAACGGCCACAGCCCGCAGCUACUACACAUUGACGCAUCAUUCAACCCCCAAGAUUCAGAGUCCUCUGCCCUCGACCUCGUGUAUAGAAUACAGUCUAAAUGGCGGGACGCUCCUGGAAAGAUUGAAAUUAUCAAAUUCACCGAUGGCAUCACCAAUAAUUUACUCAAGAUCUCCAAACAUAUCCCGGGCCUGACGAGCACUGAAAUCGACGAAGACUCCGUCCUCCUGCGCGCCUACGGCAACAACACAGAUAUCAUCAUCGAUCGAGACCGCGAGGCCACAUCCCACGCCUUGUGUGCCCAGUUUGGCCUCGCUCCGACUUUGCUCGCUCGAUUCAACAACGGCCUGCUAUACAGAUACAUCAUUGGAAAAGUCUGCACGCCCAAAGAUCUCAUUCGAGAACCCGUCUGGCGUGCCGUCGCCGAACGAUUAGGAGAGUGGCAUUCUCGACUGCCCAUCCACGCUGUCGCCUCCAAAUCCACCGUCCAAAACGGGAGCAAUGGCACCAAUGGAUCCCAUAACCCCGCUCUCAACGGCGUCAAUGGACAAUCUGCUCUUCUCUCCAGAAAGCCAGUGCCGAACUGCUGGUCGGUCAUGCAAAAAUGGGUUAGUGCCUUGCCGCAAGACACCCUAAAAAAGAAGGCCAGGAAACAAAUCCUCCAGAAGGAACUUGAUCGAUCAUUCAAAGAUCUGGACAAUCAACGAGGUCCGGGCGCUGACGGGUUUGUGUUUGGGCAUUGUGACCUGUUGAGUGCCAAUGUGAUCAUGUUGCCGCUUGAUGCCCACGAUAGUCAGUCGGAUAGCAACCUGAGAGUUUCCUUCAUCGACUACGAGUAUGCCACGCCAUGCCCUGCAAGCUUCGACAUUGCCAACCACUUUGCCGAAUGGGGUGGUUAUGAUUGUGAUUAUAACAUGCUCCCCACCAGGUCUGUCCGUCGUGGAUUCAUCCAACAAUACCUCGCCUCGUACAAUGCCCACAGCGACAAGCCCGUCCCCGAAAACAUGCACCAGAUUCUCUUUGACGAGAUUGAUCGUUGGCGUGGUAUGCCCGGCCUGUACUGGGGCAUCUGGGCCCUCAUCCAGGCCACCAUUUCCCAGAUCGACUUCGAUUAUGCUUCAUAUGCCGAAGUCCGCUUAGACGAGUACUUUGCCUGGCGGGCAGAGGAGUCUGGAAGCCGCGCCCAGGAAGGCGAGGAAAUGCCUCUUCGUGAAAGAAGAUGGGCAGAAGAAUGACCUGAUCUGGUUAAGUCAUUCUUCUGAGAUCCAUGUCCCUCGGUCCGUCCGUCUGUCGUCGACUGACCAUGGCAAUGGACAUGACAUGGACGUAACACAUCGCCCCCCCUAUAAUAGACUGACGAUGCCAACAAUGCGACACACGCUCCAAGCGGAUCAACUCUAGGUGCCACAGAAUCGCACUCCAGCUUGCCAUUCACCAGCCAGCUCCGUUUUCCUCUUUUCAACAAAGUCAGUAGGGAUGACUCUGAGCGCCAAAACAUUAUUUUUCAGUAGCAUUUGGUAUCAUUUUGGACACCAC